AUGUCGUACGCAUACGUACAGGAGCCGCCUACUCAGGGCAAGAUUGUAAUGCACACGACAAUGGGCGACAUUGAAAUUGAACUAUGGUCUAAAGAAACUCCAAAAACGUGUCGAAACUUUGUUCAACUAUGUAUGGAAGGAUACUAUGAUGAUACAAUCUUCCACCGUGUUGUCAAGAAUUUCAUUGUACAGGGUGGUGAUCCGAAAGGAACUGGUGAGGGUGGAGAGUCAAUCUAUGGUCAACCAUUUGUAGAUGAGUUCCACAGUCGAUUAAAGUAUUCACGUCGUGGAUUUGUUGGAAUGGCCAACACGGGUCCCAACGAUAACACGAGUCAAUUCUUCUUCACAUUGGAUCGUGCAGAUGAGCUGUUUAAGAAGAACACGCUAUUCGGAAAGGUGGUUGGAGAAACACUAUACAACGUCCUCAAAAUCGGAGAACUAGAUGUCGACGAACAAGAACGACCACUCUACCCUCCCAAAGUAAUAUCUGUCGAAGUACUAUUCAACCCAUUCGACGACAUAGAACCUCGAAUAACAGCUACUGAACGUCGUGCUCAAGUCCAAUCAGCCGCUGCAUCCGCUCAACAGUCCCAAACACAACCAAAGACCAAAAAGAAGAAGAAUCUAGCAGUCUUGUCGUUUGCAGACGACGAACAGCAAGACCAAGCUGGAGAUAGUAAUAUAGAAUUCGGAAGAGUGAAGAGUAUGCAUGAUGUGAUCGUUGAUGACCCGCGGAUUCGUCAAGAUACUGGUGGUUUGGAAGCUUUGAACAAGAAUGCUCCUAGUGAAAAGGCUGAAGAGAGGAGUGAAAGACCAGCAAUAAAGAAACGGAGAGAGCAGAAUAGUAGUGAUGAUGACGAUGAUAGUGAUUCAGAUGACGCGGGGCCACGUAAAGUGGUAAAGAAGAGCAAGACUAGCCAUGUGAAUGAAGGGAAACGUGGUGCGAAUAGUAAAUCACCUGAACCAUCAUCUGUCGUUGCAAUGCCAAGUGAAACUGCAAAGUCAGGAAUACGUGACAAGAUCCAGCAGCUUCGGUCUGAAAUCAAACAGAUUGGUAAAACACCUAUAUCAACAACAGUAACAACAAGCUCCAAACCUGAAUCCAUGGUGGAUCAGAUACGAGCUCAAUAUGCAGAUAAAGCUCGUCCUGCUGUUAAGAAGGGUGGGACGGGUGCAGAUGGAUUGGCGAAACUGAUUGCAUUUCAGAAAAAGCUGCGAAAGGAAGGCAGCAGUAAUAAAGAAGCUGUUGGUCAUGAUGAUGAAGGAGACGAGACGAUGGCACGAAGAAAGAAGAAGAAACUAGAAGAUGAAGAAUGGACGUGUGAUUUGCAUGGUGUCAAGAAGUGUAAAUCGUGUCGUGAUUGGGAUGUUUCUGGAGAUGAGGACGAAGACGAUGAAGGCUGGAUGAACGCCAAGUUUGUUGCAAACAAGUCAGUUGCUAAUGUUUACGAACCCAAAGUUGACGACUACGUAUCUUUGGAUCCACGUGCUGAGCUUGUGUCUGGAAAGGACAGCUUCUACUCUCAAGCUCAACUCAAGUCUAGAGUUGGACAAGCACAACGGUCGUAUCCCGGUGACAAGGCCUCAGCAGCAUCGCUCGAACCCAAUGAGCUAGAUAAACGUGAUAGACUGAUGAAGCCUGCAUUCCCAGCAGUUGGAAACUGGAGCAACUGUACAAAAGAAGUAGAAGACAACAUGGUAAUCCUAACAAAAGAACAGGUUGCCAAACAAUGCAUUCUGGACAAACCCGUCACGAGAAAAACCAUCGCUGAAAUACUGGGAUAUGCUCGAGGUCUACCUGGAUUUGAGAAAAUAUGGUUCUUUACCAAUUUUGCCAUUAGUGAAUACAAUGCACGUCAAGCCAUCAAGAUGUUCAAAUCAAAGGGGUUUCAAUCUAGGCCUGACCGAUGGACUGGCAAAGAACAGCCUGAAAUCGAAUGGACUCCAUACGAUGAAGAACCAACCUCAUCCUUCUUCGUAUGUCGACGACCAUACAUCACACUCGGUGCACUCGCAAUGCUUUUCGCAGAUACGCGAGGUUUCGUCGGUGUCGACUCGUCAGUUCGAGGCUACAAUAUCAAGUUCCAGAAUGAUGAUAAUGCCAAACUCGCUUUCGAUUAUAUAUCUUAUGUGACUAAUUUGGCUCCGUAUUAUCAUCGUCAGGCAAAGGCUAUCAAUGCUGCUGGACUGGAAACUGGAUUCGCGACUACCUUGUACUUGCCUGAUCUCUCUGACGGAAGGACAUCGGAGCAAGUUUUGCUUUACUUCUUGAGUUUUCCUGGCUUCCGCAAGGUAUCGUUCGAAGGUCGGCCAGAUCGAGACUCGCCACGUAUCUUUGCUCACUUUUGGGAUACGGUAUCUGCUCGAGUCGCAGAAUCCUACUCAAUCACCAAGAACAAGAUCAAAUUGAGUUUGGUUGCUACCAAGCAUCAAUUGAAGAAUCAUGAUCUUGGAAAAAUCCCUUCAACAAGAUUACGUAUCUUGUUGCCUCAAGACUUGGUCAUUUCGGGGAAGGCUGCUAUCAGAUUCUUUUCCAUGUUUCAAGGUGUCAACGUCCUGAAUGAGAACGGAUUGGAUUUCAGAACUGCAGAAGAUGCAGAAGCUGCUGCGUGCUCUAUAAAUUUAUUGACCAACUUUUGUGCGGAGUUCAUACAAGGAAGUGUUGGUCCAGAGGCCUUGGCGCUUCGAACCAAGGCGUUUUCCAACCAGCUGCUAUGUGUCUUUGGUUACAAGGACAAAUCAGUCAUCACAUAUGCUCUUGCCAGGCAAUCAGGACUGGUUGAGUUUACUGAAGUCCAACAAUUUGGUGAACCUACUGUAUUUAUAUUAUUCACGUCUGUGACUGCUCGAGAUCAUGCAGUCAGUUAUCUGGACGGAAGGUCUCGUGCAGGUCUACCAAUACCAUUCCAUUGGGACCCGGACGCUGAAAUUCCUCCAGAAGUGGAAGCUCGUCUCGGUAUCUUGAUUGAUGACACCGUCGAAUCUUCAUCGGCAAGAUCAUCGAGCAGACAAUCCAUGGUGACACCUACAUCAGAUGAAGGUUGUAACUCCAACCAUGGUAAUAGUGCUCGAAGCAUCGAUACGAUGAUGGUUGAGGAGGAAGUAGAAGCAGAAGCCAAAAAGGUGAUACGCAAUGGUAAAGCCAAGACUGCUAGCACUAGUAUUCCUUCUAUGUCAACAACAACAUUAACAACAACAACUACACCAACCAAGACCGUUGGUAGUAACUGGAUCACAUCACCCAUGUCUCCUGGUGCCACUCCCCCACGUCAACCUAUUCAACGUAGUCAAAGCACUACUGUCAUACCAACAUCAAAAACGAAAGAUCGCCUUGUCCCACCAAGUCAUCAUGGAUCCAGUGAUGAGUUUGACGACCCGAAUGAUUGGCAAGUAGAUGAAACUGUUGACGAAGUGGAUGUAUCUAUCGAUGACAUGAUGAAGAGAUUGAAAAGUCUCAGCAUCAACACUCCUCGAAAGUAA